UCUUCUACCUGUAAGUAACUGGUACAUGUUACAAGUUACAACAGUCGCCGUUGCUCCAUUUUUCCGACAUGCUACUUGUUAAACCCUACCGGAGGGCCCUCCAUUGCUCAACUCGGCAACUCCAACCAAAAACCCUAGACUCACCAUUCCCUUCUCCCUCCGAUAUCAUUUUUGUGAACAGGGCAGUUUCUAUCCUCAAAGGCCACGACCCAAUUCCCUUAAACUCCUUAUCUUCCCAAUUCACCCCUCAAUAUGCUUCUUCCCUACUUUUCCAAUCCCAAUUUGAUAAACCCCUUGUUCUAAGAUUCAUCAACUGGGCACGUCACCGCCAAUUCUUCAACCUUCAGUGCAAGUUCAUUUCCAUUCAUAUCCUCACUCGUUUCAAGCUCUACAAGACCGCCCAAUCCCUCGCCGAGGACGUCGCUGUGAAAUCUCCCGAUGACAAGGGUGAAUUUGUCUUUUCAUGUCUCAAGGACACUUACCAUUCUUGCAAGUCUAGCUCUGCUGUGUUUGACUUGAUGGUAAAAAGUUACUCUCAUUUGAAAAUGAUUGAUAAUGCCAUGAAUAUCUUUGAAUUAGCCAAGUCUAAUGGGUUUAUGCUUACUGUUUUGUCCUAUAAUUCCAUUCUUGAUGCAUUGAUCAGGGUCUCGUGUAAUGGGUCUUUUGAAUUAGUUCAGAAGUUUUAUGAUGAUAUGGUUAAUUCUGGGGUUUCGCCCAAUGUUUAUACUUAUAAUAUUAUGAUCCGGGGCCUUUGUGGAAAAGGGGAUUUGAAAAAGGGUUUGGCUUUUUUAAAUGAAAUGGAAAAAUGUGGCUGCUUGCCUAGUGUUGUAACAUAUAACACAAUAAUCGGUGCUUACUGUAAAAUAGGUAAGGUUGAUGAGGCAGUUGAAUUUUUGAAACUAAUGCAAGUUAGGAACUUGGAACCAAGUGUGGUCACGUAUAAUGCUAUUAUUAAUGGGUUAUGCAGAGAAGGAAGGAUGAAAGAGACGAGUGAGGUUUUGGAAGAUAUGAGGGGAAAGGGAUUAGUUCCUGAUGAAGUGACGUAUAACACUCUGGUAAAUGGCUAUUGCAGAGAGGGUAAUUUUCAUCAAGCACUUGUUUUGCACUCGGAAAUGUUAAGGAAUGGGUUGUCUCCAGAUGUUGUGACCUAUACUUCUUUGAUCAACAGCAUGUGCAAGACUGGGAAUUUGCAUCGCGCGAUGGAAUUCUUUGAUCAAUUACGUGCUAGGGGAUUAUAUCCUAACGAGAGAACUUACACGACAUUAAUUGUUGGCUUCUCUCAGCAGGGUUUUAUGAAUGAGGCUUAUAAACUUUUGAAUGAAAUGAUUUCAAGUGGCUUUUCCCCUUCAAUUGUGACUUAUAAUGCUUUAGUUAACGGGCAUUGUGCAUUGGGCAGGAUGGAAGAUGCUUUAAGUGUAAUUCAAGAGAUGGAACGGAGAGGGGUGGUCCCAGAUGUUGUAACUUAUAGUACAAUGAUAUCUGGGUUUUGUAGAAACCACAAUUUGGAAAGGGCAUUCUGUGCUAAGCAGCAGAUGGUUGAGAAAGGGGUUUCACCUGAUGUUAUUACUUAUUCAUCCCUAAUUCAAGGUCUUUGUGAGCAGCAAAGCUUGACUGAAGCUCGUGAGCUUUUCCAGGAGAUGUUGAGAGUGGGUAUUCAACCUGAUAAGUUUACAUAUACUACACUUAUUGGUGCAUACUGUUUAGAAGGGGAUAUUAAAGGCGCUCUUAACCUGCAUAAUGAAAUGAUAAAUAAGGGUUUCUUUCCUGAUGUCGUCACUUACAGUGUCCUAAUCAACGGGCUCAACAAACAAGCUCGCACUAGAGAAGCAAAGCAGCUUCUGUUCAAGUUGUUGUAUGAGCAAUCAGUUCCUAGUAGUGUCACAUAUGAUAUGCUGAUUGAAAGUUGCAAUGAUCUUGAUUUUAAGAGUGCAACAGAUCUUAUUAAAGGAUUCUGCAUGAAAGGUUUGUUAGAUGAAGCGGACAGAGUUUUUGAGUUGAUGCUGCAAAAAGACAAGAAGCCGAGUGAAGCGGCUUACAACCUGCUUAUACAUGGUCAUUCUAGGGGUGGGAAUUUACAUAGAGCCUUGCAUCUUUAUAGAGAAAUGGUGAGUUUUGGAUUUGUUCCUCAUACAGUUAGUCUUAUUGUGCUGAUGAAAGAACUAUUUAAAGAAGGGAUGAGUGAAGAAUUAAAUCAAGUAAUUCAAAGCACAUUGGGGUCCUGUAAACUUGCUGAUGGUGAGCUAGCAAAAGGUAUUGUUGAUGUAAACUACAAGGAAGGGAACAUGGAUGCAGUAUUCAAUGUACUUACUGAUAUGGCCAAGGAUGGCCUUUUUCCGAAUAGUGGGAAAACUGCUUUUUCUCACAUGCCAUGAUAAAGUAUUUAUCAUCUGGAAUGAUUACACUACUUUUGUCAUGUGCAUGUUAGAGUGCAUCAAGCAGCAGAAAACUGGGCUGCAACAUGUUGCUUUCCACUCCUCUACGUUUCUCAUUCCAUUGUGAACAUAGGAAAACAGUUGGAAAACUUCUUUCAGAAAACAGUUGCUAGAAAUCUUCUGAAAUAGAGUUGUUGGGAAGCUGUCACCUUAUUCAGUCAAGCAACUUUCUCGUUCGAUAUGGUUAAUUUCCUGAUUUGCUUGUAAUUCAACAGUUUCCCACAAGCUGGAAGAAAUGGCACCAUCUAUCAAGGCAUGCGGAGAAUAUGGACCACCAUCCUUGCUUGUAUAUGGGCAGAUUGGAAAGAGAAAUUGAGAUGUUAUGAAUACAAAGCCAACUAAUUUAGAAGGUAAACUUUAACUGUAUAGUUUUGCGUUUCUUUAGGGGUGUAAACAACAACUUGUAAAUGGGGCAGAUAUGUUGGGAUUCAUGGACCCCACUUGUGGAUUACACUGGGUAUGUUGUUGUUUCAUGGAAUUUCCUCCAUUGAUAGAAGGGAGGUUUUUGGCUUUUGGGGUCAUCUUGUACUAUGUAAAGAUUAGAGCUCCUCCUUAGUGCUGAACUGCUGAUUGUUUCAUUAAGAAUACCUUUCCUUUCAAAAAACAUGACACUAUCAUAUUAAUCAUUCCCUCCCAGCAUCUAUGUCAUGUAUCUCAUGUAAACCUUGCCUUUUGUAUUGGCUGAUUAACUGCUAUGUUGCUCAGACUUUCCAAAGAUGUUGCCGGGUGCGUGUCGGAUCCUUCAAAAGUAGUGUAAAAUAGUGUAUUUUUGGAGGAUCCGACACGGGUGCGGCAACAUUUUGGAGAGUCCACGCAACAUAGAUUAACUGAGCACAUGCCAACUAGAUGUACCAUACUCUCAUUUCUUUCUGUAAUACAUCUGCUCUACUUUAAUCGUUGGUCCAUAUAUAAAAAAUGCCUUGACAAAAAGCUGAACACCUUUUUUUUGUAAGUAAAGGCUGAACGGCGUUUCAAAUCCCUUUAAGCAAUAAGUAGGGGUUUAUUUGAACAGGUGAAUCAAAAAUGGGAAAGAGACGAGUUCCGUUUGAGAAAGUGUGCAAAUUUCAGGUAUGACAUCGUCUUUUGCUAAUAUGUUUGGUUCUCUUGCUAAAAUUAUACUUAGACAAAGACGUGACCGCAGGAUCAAUUUCUUAUGCUUAACCAAUUAAAUUUAGACAAUGAUAUGACUGAAGAGGAAAGAGCAAUUUUUUAUGAUUAACCAAUCCAAAGCUAUUAUUGUUCAACUCUUCUUUGCUAGUAGCUUUUUUUUUGGGAUGGUUAACAUAGAUACUUUAAUCAGAUGAGUACUUUGUGGAUGCUUGUAAUACACUCUCUUUAGCUACCUGCAUGCUUGACGGUCUUUUUCAUUUGCAUCAUUCUGAUAAGAUGAUGAUAGUUGCGGUCUUUGUGAUAAUGCCUAAUGCUAUCAGCAUCCUUUGAAUUUCCGAGGGGCAUAUAUCGUGAAGUUGUUUGCUAAGCCAGUUCAUGUUGCUUCUAGAUGAUGUUCCUAAAAUUGGUGGUCAAUGCAAGUUGGCGAAAGCUGAGCAUUUUAGUACAAGCUAUAAUAGUCCAUAGUUGCCUUGUGACUACGGGGUUGCGGCAAGCAUGUCACAGCAGUUGCUUCAUGGAGUGCAAAAUUGGCAUUGACAUAAUCUCUCCUCAUGCAUUUGGAAGUGAAAGCAUGUUGCCUUUAACAAGAAUCCAUGUUUAAAUGUAUGGAUGAUGUUUCCUUGGUUAGAAGCUGGACCUCUCAUUAUUCGUUCAAAAUUGUCCCUGGCUUUUAUGUUCUCCACUCCAACAUUAGCAGUUUGUUCCCAGAGCAACUCUGGUGCCAUAUAUUCUUCAUAUUUCUUACAUCAAUUUUAAGCAGCUGAACGGCACCCCCAUGUUUUGGAAA